UCCAUAGAGAGAGAGAGAGAGCAAGAGAGAUGGCGAAAGUGCAGGUGAUAGGGGCAUGGUUUAGUCCAUUUGUGAAGAGAGUUGAAAUUAGCCUCAAAAUGAAAGGUGUUGAGUAUGAAUAUAUUGAAGUAGAUUUGAUAAACAAACCGCCUCUUGUUCUACAUCACAAUCCAAUUCAUCAAAAAGUGCCUAUACUUAUACAUGACGGCAAAACCAUCCUUGAAUCUGCUGUGAUUCUUGAAUACAUUGAUGAAGUUUGGGAAGGUCCAAACAUUCUUCCCAAAGAUCCUUACCAAAGAGCUCGAUCUCGUUUUUGGGCCAACUUCAUCGAUCAAAAGUGUGUUCCAGCAACGAGGAAAGCUUUAUGGUGUCGAGGAGAAGAGCAAGAGAAGGCCAUCAAAGAAGCAAGGGAAGCUCUUAAAAUUCUUGAAUGCGAAGUAAAGGACAAGAAAUAUUUCGGAGGCGACCAAAUUGACUAUGUCGAUAUAAUUGGCUCUUUCUUAGCGUAUUGGAUGCGACUUUUUGAUGAAGUGGCUGGGCUCCAUCUCUUCACAUAUGAAGAAUUGCCCAGUUUGUGCAAAUGGGCAGAUGAAUUAUGUGAUAACAAAUAUGUUAAACAACAUCUCCCUGAUAAGGAUAGAUUUGUUGAUAGAGUUCGUGGCCACUCAAAGACUACUAGAUCUGUGUAGUCGAUACGUUAUUACUCGAUUUGCAUCAUCAUAUUUUUCUAAAUGUUUUACACACAAAUAAGUGUAUGAUUUAUGUAUGGUGUUUCCAUGGCUUAUUUUUACACUACUUUUUAUAUUUUUUAAACGCA